AUGGCUACGGUCUCAGACUUGGCAACAUUGCCGGCAGAUGUUGGUCCUGUUCUCGCGGAGGCCGAUCGUAUUGGAGAAUCUGAAAAGAAAGGAGAAAAGUCCACCACCGACGAGGAAAGGUCAGAGAAAGAGGGGAGCGUCGUCGACACGAAUGCAGUUGCAGACAGCGGCCAGUACACGGAUGAGCAGUAUAAGCAGCUCAAGAAGAAAAUUGAUCGUUAUCUUCUUCCACUCAUGUGGCUUUGCUAUGGCAUCCAGCAAACAGACAAGACAUCCCUCGGAAUCCAAGCGACAUUUGGGCUACGAGAAGACACUGGCCUCGUUGGACAACAAUACUCGUGGUUGACAACGGUGUUUUACAUUCUCUACAUGUGCUUCGAAUUCCCAUCCAACAUAAUGCUCCAGCGAUAUAAAAUGGGUCGAACCCUCUCGCUGUACAUGAUAUGCUGGGGAUUCAUUGUUUUGGGUGUUGGUUUCGCCCAAAACUUCACCCAUCUUAUCGUGCUUCGAGCUCUCCAGGGAGUGUUCGAGUGCUGCAUCAGCCCGGGCUUCAUCCUGGUUAUCGGAAGCUGGUACACCACAAGGGAGCACGCAUCACGGUCGCUCGUGUUUCAGAGCGCCAACGCCGGCUUUGGCAUUAUCGCCAACCUGAUCUUAUACGGGAUCGGAUCGGUCCAAUACCGAAGACCAGACUUUGAAGCAUGGCGCUACAUGAGCUACUUUCUAGGCUCCUUGACGGUCAUCGUCGGCUGCUUGUGCCUUUUUCUUCUGGGCACACCUUCUGAGGUCCGUUGGCUAUCGCCCGAGGAGAGAGAGAUGGCAAACGCCCGCAUUCGCUCGAAUAACACUGGCCAUGACCGCACCGGCAUCAAAAGGUGGAAGUGGGAGCAAGCACGCGAGUGCCUCAUAGAUCCCUGCUUUUGGUUCGCCGGAUUCAACGCAUUCCUCAGUUCUGUUCCAAAUGGUGGUCUCACCACGUUUGGAUCGAUCAUCAACACCACAUUCGGGUUUACUAAUCUCCAAGUCAUACUCCUCGACAUCCCGAAAGGCACACUCUCGGUUCUUUACUUUGUUGUCAUUGGCCUUGUCACCAGCAGGUGGAAGAAUUUGAGAAUGUACUUCAUGAUGUUCUCGACAAUCCCGCCAUUUGUGGGGUUCUUGAUUAUGGCUCUUCUCCCAAACGAGCCGCAGUACAAGUGGACAAAGUGGGGCGGCUACUUCAUGACUGUCCCUUUCGUCAUCUCACUGUUCCUCGCUUGGACCCUCAUCCCAUCCAACACGGCUGGCAGGACCAAGAGGACGCUGACAAGCUCCUUCACAUUCGUUGGGUAUUGUGUUGGCAACAUGACCGGGUCCCAAAUAUUCAAAUCAGCUGACGCGCCUCGAUACGUGUCGGGUACAAUCGGCUGUGCGAUAUGCUUCGGACUCGAAUUCUGCCUCAUCGUGCUGUGGAGACUCGUCUACGUCUGGAGAAACAAGCGCAGGGAGAGGGAGCUGCGGGAGCAGGGCGUAUCGGAGGAAGAUAGAGUACGGUUGGGUGGAGAGCUCGGAGAAAACGACACAACUGAUCUGAAAAACCCUUAUUUCCAAUACACUAUGUGA